AUGGCGUCUGGAGAAGCAAAGAGGCGUAAUCAUCAUCAUCAUGAGAAUCUUGUACCUCUUGCUGCUCUGAUUAGCAGAGAAACGAAAGCUGCUAAGAUGGAGAAACCGAUUGUGAGAUUCGGACAAGCUGCUCAAUCUAGGAAAGGCGAAGAUUAUUUCUUGAUCAAUACUGAUUGUCUUCGAGUUCCUUCUAAUACUUCAACUACUUUCUCUGUCUUUGCGAUAUUUGAUGGGCACAAUGGAAAAGCUGCAGCGGUUUUCACAAAGGAGAAUCUGUUGAGACAUGUUCUUAGUGCUCUUCCCCGUGGGCUUAGCCGUGACGAGUGGCUUCACGCCUUACCUUGUGCGUUAGUAUCUGGAUUCGUGAAGACCGAUAAAGAGUUUCAGAGCAGAGGUAUGAGGGAACGUGUGACUGCUAGUGGCGGAGAAGUUGGCAGGCUAAGCAUUGUAGGAGGCGUUGAGCUCUCAAACCUUGGAGGAAGGCUCAUCAUCGCCUCUGAUGGCAUAUGGGACGCUCUCUCUUCAGAAGCCGUGGCUAAAACUUGCCGUGGCUUACCCGCUGAACUCGCUACUAGACAAGUAGUUAAGGAAGCAUUAAGGAAAAGAGGACUUAAGGAUGACACAACCUGCAUUGUCGUCGACAUAAUCCCACCUGAAAACUCGCAAGAACCAUCGCCUUCUCCAUCUAAGAAACACAACAACUUCUUUAGAUCUUUGCUCUUCAGGAAGAAAUCUAACAGACUCUCCAAGAAACUCUCCACUGUCAGUAUCGUUGAAGAGCUCUUCGAAGAAGGAUCCGCAAUGCUCGCCGAAAGGUUAGGAUCAGGUGACUAUUCUAAGGAAUCAACAACAGGAGGGAUGUUCACGUGUGCGAUAUGUCAACUAGACUUGGCUCCAAGCGAAGGCAUAUCAGUCCACGCGGGUUCGAUCUUCUCGACCAGUCUAAAGCCGUGGCAAGGACCCUUCUUAUGCAUAGACUGUCGUGACAAAAAGGAUGCUAUGGAAGGGAAACGCCCAAGCGGAGUGAAAGUCAUUUAA